AUGAUGAAUAGGAAGAAGGAGAUGGAAGGUCCUUUGAGGCUGCGGCUGGAGGUUCUGGGUAUUUGGGGUGUAUCUGCAGCUCAGCCUUUAUAUGUGAAGUUUCUAUGGCGGGGGGAGAAGCAGAAAACUCCCCCUUUGCGGCCUUUCCCUCAUCCGCUGCAGCAGCAGCAGCAGCAGCAGCAGCAGCAGCAGCAGCAGCAAGCGGAGUUCUUGCUGCCUUUUGAUGAAGCAACUGAUGGCAGCCGUCUUUUGCUGCGGGGCCCUCAGCAAAUAACUAUUCCCUUACCAACCCUCGGUGCUGCUGCUACGCUGCUGCUGCGGCUGCAGCUGCGACGCUUUGAUGCUGCAGCACACAGGCAGCAGCAGGAGCAGCUGCUGCAGCAGCAGCAGCACAUUCAGUUUCUGCGGCUGGAGCAGCAGAGACAUGAGCAGCAGCUAGCCUUACAAGAUAUGCAGCAGCAACAUGGGGGAAGCCCCUACAUGGUGCAGCAGCUGCAGCAGCAACAGAUGCUGCAGCAGCAGCAGCAGUACUACCCUCAGCAACAGCAGCACGGGGCAUAUCCUCCACCUCCUUUGGCGCAGCAGCAGCAGCCAUAUUACAUGCAGCAGCAGCAGCACCCGUACUACCCGCAGCAGCAGCAGCAGGCGCAUUAUUCGCAGCAGCAACAACCUCAAUACAUGCAGCAGCAACCCCCCUAUAUGCCGCCGCCGCAGCAGCAGCAGCAGCUUCCGCCGCAGCAGCAGCAGCCGCAGCAGCAGCAGCGCGGCUCAGACCAGCCGCUACCACAGCUGCUGUUGCACGAGACGCACUACGACAACGGCCAUCAGCAGCAAGGCUCCAGCAGCAGCAGCAGCAGCAGCAACAGGAAUGCUGCUUCGCAUGCAUCGGACAUUGAGUAUAUUCAAUCAGUUAUCCCCAGCGCCUCAGCAGAGCAAAUAAAAGAGUGA